AUGUCUGGCCGUGGAAAAGGAGGAAAAGCAAAGGGAAAGUCAAAGACUCGUAGCAGCCGUGCGGGUCUCCAAUUUCCAGUUGGACGUGUUCACCGUCUUCUUCGCAAAGGAAAUUAUGCUGAGAGAGUUGGUGCCGGUGCUCCGGUAUAUUUAUCCGCCGUUUUGGAAUAUUUAGCUGCUGAAGUACUCGAGUUAGCUGGAAACGCCGCUCGUGACAACAAAAAGUCAAGAAUUAUCCCUCGUCACAUCCAACUGGCAAUCCGUAACGACGAAGAAUUAAAUAAAUUACUGUCCGGAGUGACCAUUUCCCAGGGAGGAGUUCUUCCUAACAUCCAGGCUGUCUUGUUACCCAAGAAGACUUCCACCAGUGGCGGUGGAUCAAGUGGCAAAGGCGACAAAGCUUCCCAGGAAUUUUAG